AUGGAGUGUAGCCACGCUGACCAGGGGUUUGGUUAUUGUCUCUGCUUCUUUCUAGCUGGGUUGCCCUUCCUCAUCAUUGAAACAAGCACAAUCCAGCCCUACCAGCGGGGCUUCUACUGCGACGAUGACAGCAUCAGAUACCCGCUGAAGACGAUGGAGACUAUCAACGAUGCAGUGCUGUGUGCUGCGGGCAUCCUCAUCGCCAUCCUUGCUAUUAUAACGGGAGAGCUCUACCGCAUCCACUACCUGAAAGAGAAGUCACGCUCCUUUAUCCAGAACCCCUACGUGGCAGCGCUCUACAAGCAGGUGGGCUGCUUCGUUUUUGGCUGUGCCAUCAGCCAGUCCUUCACAGACAUUGCCAAAGUGUCCGUCGGGCGCUUGCGGCCACAUUUCCUGGAAGUCUGUGAUUUGGAUUUCUCCACCAUCAACUGCGCCAAGGGAGUUUACAUCCAAAACUACACCUGCAGGGGAAGUGACAGCAAGGUCCAGGAAGCCAGGAAAUCCUUCUUCUCUGGGCAUGCGUCUUUCUCCCUCUACACCAUGCUGUAUUUGGUGUUUUAUCUGCAGGCCAGAUUCACGUGGAAGGGAGCCCGCCUGCUCCGUCCCCUCCUCCAGUUCACCCUCAUCAUGAUGGCGUUUUACACUGGCCUGUCCCGUGUGUCGGACCACAAGCAUCACCCCACCGAUGUGCUGGCAGGCUUUGCACAGGGAGCCCUGGUGGCUUACUGCGUGGUGUUUUAUGUGUCAGAUCUCUUCAAGCCCAAGAUAAAGACUUGCCUGCCUCCACCGCCCAUCCGGAAGGAGAUUCUUUCACCUGUGGACAUCAUUGACCGGAAUAACCAUCACAACAUGGUGUAGACCUUUGAGAAAUCGGAUGGGUGUUGUAUUUUAUUUUAAAUUGUUUAUUUUUAUUUUUUUU